AUGGCGAAACAGCGCAGCCGGAGCGUCGGGCGUGUCGACCGCGUCAUGCGAGCCCGCCAACUCCGCCGCUUCCACCACCACCUCCAGACGGUCCAACCCGCGAGACCCGACCUUCUGGAGCGCUUCACCGACGAAGUGCUCCGCGACAUUGACUUGCUCCUUGACGGCGGGGAGUGGCGGGACGUACCUGAGGGCUCAGAAGAGAGCGUCUUUGAGCAGAACUGGGACAAGUUGGCUUCAUUGACGUCCCAGCUGACGCAUGUCAAGAGGUGGCAGGCUGAGAAGGAGGCGGCGGCGGCGGCGGCGGCGGACGAUGGCGGCGACGCCAACAAGGAACAAGAUGCAGCUGGGGAGCAGCCCGAGACGACGAAGACUGCUGGUGACCGAGCGUCAUCAGCAACAAGAGGAGGAGGAGGAGGGGACUGUUCAGCUCAGCAUCAAGGACAACUUGUCAAGCCUUCGGCCGCGCCUCAGCCGCGUGAUUUUGUCAAAGCCGCGGUAAACCACACGAGCACCCCACAAGACGACGACGACGACGACGACGACGAAAAACUCAAAGACGCUAUAAGGGUCGAAUACCACAAGUACCGAGACCGUUACAACCGCAUCCCCGCGCUGUAUAUGGGGUGGCUGCACGCAUGGAGGAAUGCGUCGAAGAAGCACCGCGUCGUGGAGGCGACGCUCAAAAACGUCUUGGCGGCCGAGGCCAAGGCAGACUCGACCAGAAGCGCCUACUUCACCAUGGCACAGGCGCAGAGUGGCAACGUGACAAAGGCGCAAGUCGACGAGGCGCACAGCGAAUGGGCGACAGCGGCAGCCAUCCACAGAUCUGCGUACGAGGCGUGGGACAAGGCCAAGAAGCAGCUUGACAAGGCAGAGCAGGAUGAAGAAGAGGCGGCUACCGCUUGGGAGAGAGAUGCAGAAAGGAGAAUGGCUCGUCAAACCGGGUAG